AUGGUAACAUGGAUUAAACUUGUUGAAACACAAAUUGGAAUGAAUAAGAUGAAAAGAUUGAAAUUGAUUGGUGAAACAAGGUGGUCUGGUAAAUCAAAUGCUGCAACAGCGAUAUUUGGAAGAUUUGCUGAGCCACCUUCAACAGUGUUUGUCAAUUUAAUUUUAUGUCUGUCAUGUAUAAGCGAAUCAGAAAAUUUUGAUACAAAGACACGUCAUGAAGCUAAGACAUUGCUCAUGCCAUUCCUGAAAUUUGACACCAUUUUGACUGCCUUUACCUACCUGCGAGUUUUUGAAAAAGUGGGACCACUUUCAAUAUACCUGCAAACUCGUGGAUUAAAUGUGUUGGUUGCAUUCAAGAUGGUGGAGAAGGCCGUAAUUGAAUUGAAAAGUCAAUCAAGACUUUUUGAUGAUGUUCAUAAUAACGCUCUUCAAUUUGUACGGAUGGCAAAUGCAAACAUCAUUCAGAGAACUGAAACCAUUCUAGAGGUAAAGAUAGAACUACUAGCUAAACGGAAGCGGAAGACACCAACGAUGUUAGAUAAACAUACAGUAGACAAAUGUAACGAAUCUAAAGCUUUGGAACACUACAAAAUUCACACUUACAAUGUGGUGAUGGAUCAGAUAGUCCAAAGUCUUGAGUCACGUUUCACUUCACAUCGACAAUUAUAUAUGGACAUGGCAUGUUUUGAUGCAUCAAACUUUGGUGAUCUUGCCAUUUCGGGAAUUCCUGAAAACAGUUUACACAGCAUUAUCAAAUUUUUACAAGAUGCCGACGUUGAUAAAAUAAAGGCCGAAUUGUUAUCAUUUGUCACUAACUAUGAGAUUUUGAAAUUGUCCUUGCCCUUAACAACAACAUUGAGAGAGAGUGCAUAUCAAAAGGAUGACAUAGAAGAACCGCUCUGUUAUCAGCAUACAAAUGGAGCAUGCGGAUCGUGUCCAUCUUGUGUGUUACGAAUUCUUGCUGCAUAUAGACUCAACGACAAAACCUAUGACAAUUUGUAUCAUAUUUAUAAAAUAAUAUGUACUAUUUCUGUAACACAAGCCGAAUGUGAAAGAUCGUUUUCUAAGUUAAAGUUAAUCAAGACAAGAUUGCGUAGUUCUAUGUCAAAUGACCACUUAGAGUCGUAUAUGUUGAUGUCUGUAGAAAAAAAUCUACUUGAUAGCCUUGAGUAUGAUACGAUCAUUCAAAGAUAUGCAUCUUCGUCCUCUGAAUUGAGCAAACUGUUUAAAGAAUAG